GAUUUGAGAGGCAUUUCUUUUGAUCGAUAUGACUGGUCGUGGUAAAGGAGGAAAGGGUUUGGGAAAGGGAGGAGCAAAGCGUCAUAGAAAGGUUUUGCGUGACAACAUCCAGGGUAUCACAAAGCCUGCUAUCCGUCGUCUUGCUCGUCGUGGAGGUGUCAAACGUAUUUCUGGUUUGAUCUACGAAGAAACUCGCGGUGUUCUCAAAGUAUUUCUUGAGAACGUGAUCCGUGAUGCUGUUACUUACACCGAGCAUGCUAAAAGGAAGACUGUCACUGCCAUGGACGUCGUGUAUGCUCUGAAACGCCAAGGAAGAACCCUCUACGGUUUUGGUGGUUAAAAAAUGCCUGCUUAUCGAUCCUAAUAUUUCAAAAACGGUCCUUUUCAGGACCACCAAAUGUUUUAAACGUGGAACAUCUUUAUUUCGACUAUCUGUCAUACAAUUUUAUACUACUCUAAACGACUUAUAUAAGUAAUAAAGUUAAAUGGUUCCUGUAUGAA